GCACUGAUAGGCAGCACUGAUGGGCACUGAUGAGGUGGUAUGGAUUGGCAGCACUGAUGGGCACUGAUAGGUUGCACUGAUUAGGGGCGGACUGACAACUCAUGGAGCCCCAUGCAAUAGGGGAUCAUGGGGCCCCUGUGACCUUGCCCAAACUCAAAAAAGCCUAUGAAAAAGGUACCAGGGGCAUCUCAUGGGGCCCCCUACUGACCCCGGGCCCUCGGGCAGUGCCCGAGUUUCCAAAUGGUCAGUCCGCCCCUGGACUUAGG